AGAAACCGGAAAGGCAAACGCGCGGAUUCGACUGACUACCUGAAACACUGGCAGAUGAGCUCAGCCUCCAAAGGCGAUGCGAAUGACAGUGAAGGCCGCGAGCGAAGACGAGAGGACUAUGACAAGCUAGCAAAUGAGUACGCUCUACCGCGGAGGCUCCUCUUCCUCCUACUUCUCCUACUUCUCCUACUUCUCUGCCAUCGCGCUUCUAUACCAUGUAGCCCGCUGACGCCGUCGUCUAGCUUUUACGACAACUCUACCGACUUCUACCUUGAAGGGUGGGGCCAGUCCUUCCACUUCUGUCGGUACCCACGCGGUCGCGAGCCCAUGCCACAGGCGAUGGCUCGCCACGAGCAUUAUAUGGCACACCGCCUAAACCUCGCCCCCAGCAUGGCAGUGCUGGAUGUUGGUUGCGGCAUCGGCGGGCCAGCGAAGGAGAUUGCGACUUUCGUGGGAUGUAAGGUUGUAGGGUUGAAUAACAAUGACUAUCAACUCGAGAAAGGACGCGAGAUUGCGCAGAAGGAGGGAGUCGGCGGAGACGUGCUGGAGCUGGUCAAGGGGGAUUUCAUGAAACUACCCUUUCCCGACAACACUUUCGAUGCAGUCUAUGUCAUGGAAGCCACCGUCCACGCACCGUCGCUCGCAUCCGCGUAUGCCGAAAUCUUUCGCGUCCUCAAGCCAGGCGGCCGUUUCGGCGUGUAUGAAUGGGUGAUGAUGGCCGAUACGUUCGAUCCUUCAAACCCACGGCACAUCGCUCUUCGCCACGGAAUGGAGCGCGGCAACGGUAUCGCGUGCAUUCGGACAUCUGCGGAGGCUCAGGAUGCUAUGGGCAAAGCCGGCUUCGUGAUCGAGGCAGCAGAAGAUCUCGCUGACCACAAGGAUCCUCUUCCGUGGUGGUACUUCUGUGCGGGAGACACGGAGUAUGCGCAGGGGUGGGCGGAUUGGGGAAGGGUUGCGAGGAUGACGAGUGUUGGACGCGUGGUUCUGGAUUUGGUUAUUCGGGGGCUUGAGGUUGUGCGUGUGGCUAGGAAGGGAACGGCGAAGAUGGCGAAGGAGAUGAUCCACGGUGGUGAUUGCAUCGCUGAGGCGGGGAGGAACAAAUUGUUUACUCCUAUGUUCCUCAUGAUUGGGUUAAAACCUAAUCAUGACGCUGACUUCCGGGAGGUCCGGGGCUGAUGUGGGAAGGUUGGCCUCUACCAGCGAGUGAUGUGGACGUGUUCGCCAUCUUGAGCCAUAAAUAUCGUAGGAUUAAUGACCACUGUGGACAGUAAUUCGGUGCUUGCGUCGUGGAGACUAAAAGAUGAUCUUGAAC